CUCACAUCCAGUGCAGGGUACACUAUUGCGCUUAGAAUAUCUUUCUGCCAGGAAGCCUCUUUGAGAGUAUGGUGCAGUCUCAAACCAGAAUUCAUUAUUUUGUGACUGACGCUCCUUAGACUCUAUCCUUUCCUCGCCUGCACCAUUAAGCCGCUCCCCAUCUAUAGUUUCUUCUGCCCUAUGCUGUCCUCUGUCAACAAUCCUCCCAUUGUUGGGAUCAUCACUUCCAUCUCCAUGCUUCUAUUAGUCUUGAUCUACUCAUAGGUUUUCUUGCUGUCGUUCACAGCUAUUUCUUUCUUGUCAGCAAUUGUUCCUUCCUCAUAUUUGAGUUCGACCUUGACAGUCCUUUUGUCCAUUUUUUCAUACUCUGUUCAACUUCAAACACUGCUGGGGUUGUUGGUCUCUUUGUUGUCUGUCUUUAAUAGCCUUGUCCUUUUCUUUCCUUCCUCUAUUCUUGUUAUCUGCCUAUAGCUAAUGCAUUAUGUAUAUCUCUUGACAACGGGGAUAAGGCAAUUGUUAGAAGAUUUAAAAUAUUAAUUACAAAGCAUUAUCGGUUAUAAAUUAUAAUAGAGAAAUAGUAGGGUCACUACAGGGUCUAGACAGUGGGGACAGGGUGAUUUUCAUUCCAGAGAAGUACCAUAGAUUAAAAUUUUAAACACAACCUCAGCCAUGAAAGCAUGCCAUGAAUGAAGUCCGGUUCAAUCUUGUGAUGAAUUUUUUUUUUCAAAUUUGUGCUUCAGGAACAAUUUUGUCUAGUAUGACUUGUUAGCCAGAUUGACUGUCUCUCAAAUCCAGGGAGUCUAUGGAUACAUACAGUAUUGCUGCAUCCCCAUCGUUUGUUUUUCUUCAGACAAGCCUUGAACUAACAAGUUCCCUAAAGAAUAUUUUUAGGCCAGAGGAUGGGGUUUUCCAGGAUUCCAAAAUACCAUUACUUCCAAGUAAAUCAGAAAAGGAUGGUCUCAAAGAGCAGAGGACAUAUUUACCGGUAGUUGCAGAAGCUGAAAAGAGAGAUGAAAUUACUAGAACAGAAGUUGACAAAGAGAUUGGAAAAAAACAUAAUUCUACAGAAUGCAUUACGCCGGGUUGCAGCUUCGUACAAGCAGUAUUUAAUGGUGUGAAUGUGCUGGCUGGUGUGGGUAUUCUUUCUACGCCAUAUACUAUUGAAGAAGCAGGCUGGAUAAGCUUAGUGUUAUUGGUGCUGUUUGCUUUAAUUUGCUGCUACACAGGCUUUCUCUUGCGUCACUCUUUUGAGAGAAAACAGGGCAUCUUUACAUAUCCAGAUGUUGGAGAAGUUGCAUUUGGGAGAUUUGGUCGACUUUUUAUUUCAAUCAUUCUGUAUUGUGAACUCUAUGCAUACUGUGUAGAGUUCGUCAUAUUGGAAGGAGACAAUUUGACAAGGCUUUUCCCAGAUUUUCAUCUUGAUGUUGCUGGGGUUCAAUUGAGUUCUAACCAUUCCUUUGGUAUUUUAACUGCACUGAUAGUACUUCCAACUGUUUGGCUCAAGGAUUUGCGUAUUCUUUCUUACCUCUCAGCUGGAGGAGUCCUUGCCACCAUAUUGGUUAUUGUCUCAGUUUUCUGGGUGGGAGCUGUAGAUGGAGUAGGUUUUCAUUAUGGAGGCCAAUUUGCAAACUGGGCCCAGCUUCCUUUUGCUAUUGGUGUGUAUGGGUUCUGUUACUCUGGCCAUUCUGUGUUUCCCAACAUCUAUACAUCAAUGGCAGACCGCAGUCAAUUUGGCAUGGUAUUGGUAGUGAGCUUUGUGUUGUGCGUUAUACUCUAUGGAGGUAUGGCAAUUAUGGGCUUCCUCAUGUUUGGUCAGGGUACACUUUCCCAAGUGACCUUGAACUUGCCAAGACGAUCAGUUGCUUCAAAAGUUGCAAUCUGGACAACAGUUAUCAAUCCUUUUACCAAAUAUGCUUUAUUAAUAAAUCCUAUUGCAAGAAGCUUGGAGGAGUUACUUCCACAAAAAAAUUCCAAAAGUGAGAGGUGGGCAUCCAUUUUUAUACGGACAAUCCUGGUUGUCUCAACUGUCUGUGUUGCUCUUCUUGUUCCAUAUUUUGGCCUAAUGAUGGCACUGAUUGGUUCAGUCCUUAGUAUGCUGGUGGCUGUUAUCCUUCCGUGCCUUUGUUUCUUACAAAUUAUGGGGAGGAGCGCCUCUAAAAUUCAGGUGGCGUUAUGUAUCAUUAUCGUUGCGAUUGGCAUUGUCAGUGUAAUUGUUGGCACAUAUUCCUCAGUAGCUAAUAUGUCAGAAAAUUAUUCUUCACAUUGAAGGUACAAAUGGGAAAUGACUACAACUUAUGCUGCAACUUGUUUUGCAACAAGAUAGAUCAUCUAAGCAGAUUCAACGUGGAAAGUGACAUUGUUAGGCUUGAGCUCGCAUGCAUGAGGAUAUUGCCUUUUAAAUUUGUGACUUUAAUGAUUAUUAUCAACAUAUAUUUUCAAUCUCUUCUAAAAGGCAAUAUUGUAAUCUUAAACAAGUAUAUUACCAGCAAAUUAUUAUGGCAUGCUUCAUAUAAUCAAGGUCAUGUUCUGUGGAAUAACUACCAGAUCUCAAUAAUUUAUUUUUCU